UGGAACGCGCCUAUUCAUUAGUCACCAUUGUUUCUGUUUGUGUAUUUUUGUAUUUUUUGUAAGUUGUGUCUAAAUUCCUGUGUUUAUUACUAAAUAUAUUUGUAAUAUUUACAACACAAAAAAGGAAAAACUACAAUUCAUCAUGAAUUUCUUCAAGAAAGCACCUACAGUAAAAGAACAACAGAGACAGAAUGACAGAGAACUACGCAAAGCAGGAAGAGACUUGGACAGAGAUAAAGCAAAUUUAGAAAGAGAAGAAAAGAAAUUGGAAAUGGAAAUAAAAAAGAUGGCAAAAGAAGGAAACAAUGAAGGUUGUAAAAUAUUGGCAAAACAAUUAGUGCAACUGAGGAAGCAAAAGACAAGGAUAUACGCAGCUAAUAGCAAGAUAGCAAGUGUACAAAUCCACAACAAAGCAAUGGGUGCGAACAUAGCGAUAGCCGGAGCAAUGGGCACAACUGCUAAAACAAUGGGCAACAUCAACAAAGUCAUGAACCCACACCAGAUCGCCAAAGACAUGGAGGCAUUCAAACAGGCCAACGCUAAGAUGGACAUGACUGAUGAAAUGAUUUCAGAUACGCUGGACGAUAUUAUGGAUGAGUCCGGUGACGAACAGGAAUCUGAAGGAAUUGUCAACCAGGUCCUGGAUGAGAUUGGCAUUGAAAUCAGUGGCAAGAUGGCGGACGCCCCGUCAGUGGCACGCAACAAGCUGGGCGAGUCCACCAACGACGCAGACAGGGAGCUCAUGGCACAACUCGCCAAACUUAAGUCGUAAACCCCGCCUUACUUAUUAGUCUUACAGACUAAGCCGCAUUCGGACUUGCUUACUAAACGCUAGGUAUAACGAUAUAGCUAGUGUGUGACAUAACGGAGCUGAGCAAACUGACGUAUCUGCAAUAUUUUGCUAAAAUAAUUUGUUUCUUAUUGACAAUGGCAAAAGGUGUAAAUCAGAUUCCCCAUAAAUUUCAGAUACGUCGGCGAAGCAGGCACGAUUAUAAACAUUAUCUUCCUUUGCCUCGCGCAGUGAGAUAAAAUAUGGACUACGUACUUAUAAAUUAAUAUGCCAUAUCCAGUAAAUUGACAUCUAAAUAUUGUGUGUGGUUUAACCAUUUCAUUACAUCCUUUAAGUUAAUAUUAAGCGAUGCGCGAUGAUGGCAAUCCUGUGGAUUCAGGUGUACAAAACUUAAUUUAUAAUUUGAUAUCUAAACAUAGUUCCGUCCUCUAAGCCUAGACCACAUAGUCACUUAACAACAGGUGAGAUUGUGAUCCAACGCGAGCCUAUUAUAUUAAAAAAGCACUCUUAAUACUAGAAAGAGAUAGCGCUUGUUAGGACUUUCAAACUGAACCAUUUAAUUCCAACCUCCAGAAUAUAUACAGGGUGUUAAUGACAUCGUAACAAAAACUGAGGGAUGAUUCAGGAUAUGAUUCUGCGUUGAUAUCAAGUGGAUAUUUCCGGCACCUGUAUAUAUAUUACACCCUGUGUAUAUGCCAAUAAAAAGUAGUUUUAUAGGCUUUUUAGCGUAGCAACUGCAAUUUAAAGAAUCUGAACAUAAUGUUUAUAAAGUGUCGAUAAGAUAGCAUGUCACUAGUUGUAAUUUUUUUUAAACUUAUUACUUAUAUAGCGUAGUCCGAAUACGGCUUUGAUUCCACCCAUUUGUAAAAGUAAUUGGUUGUUAAAAGUUGUUGUAUUUAUUGUAUUGUAAAUAUUAAGAUAUAUUUAUUAAUAUAUACGUUCACAAGCAGCUAAACGACUGCAAUAUUAAAUGAUUGAUAAAAAAAAUACCUCACGCCUUUAGGCUAAGAUUAAAUCUAGUUUAAAAGAGUAAAGUAUAAUCAAUUCUAUAAAAUAAAACAAAUCUGUAUGUGAAAAUAUACAAUAACAUUGAGGUAUUAAGAACUACCAGCAGAGUUAACAGAUCAAAUGCUUCCAAAUAAAUACAGGCAAAUAGUUUUGUAACUAUGCACUUAAAUGUAAUAUAUGAAAAUAUAUAUCUGUGAUAUUUUGUAUUACACGAUACAAAAAGA